CCAGAGUGCGCCGAGGGACGCUAUGGCCGCGUGGGCCGAGCGACUCGCCGGCGUGCGUGGGGUGCUGCUGGACAUCUCGGGCGUGCUGUACGACAGUGGCGCGGGCGGCGGCGCCGCGAUCCCGGGCUCCGUGGAGGCGGUGGCGAGGCUGAAACGUUCCCCGCUGAAGGUGAGAUUCUGCACCAAUGAGUCGCAGAAGCCCCGGGCGGAGCUGGUGGGGCUGCUUCAGCGGCUGGGAUUCGACAUCUCAGAGGGAGAGGUGACCGCCCCGGCACCGGCCACCUGUCAGAUCCUGAAGGAGCGAGGCCUGCGGCCACACCUGCUUAUCCAUGAUGGAGUCCGUUCAGAAUUUGAUCACAUUGACACUUCCAACCCAAAUUGUGUUGUGAUAGCAGAUGCUGGCGAAGGCUUUUCCUACCAGAACAUGAACAAAGCCUUCCAGGUGCUCAUGGAGCUGGAGAACCCUGUGCUCAUAUCCCUGGGGAAAGGACGCUACUACAAGGAGACCUCUGGCCUGAUGCUGGAUGUCGGCGCCUACAUGAAGGCUCUUGAGUAUGCCUGUGGUGUGGAGGCCGAAGUGGUGGGGAAACCCUCCCCUGAGUUCUUCAAGUCGGCCUUGCAAGCAAUAGGGGUGGAAGCUCAUGAGGCCAUCAUGAUCGGGGACGACAUUGUAGGCGAUGUUGGCGGUGCCCAGCGGUGUGGAAUGAGAGCGUUGCAGGUGCGGACUGGGAAGUACAGACCCAGCGACGAGCACCAUCCAGAAGUGAAGGCUGAUGGGUAUGUGGACAACCUCGCUGAGGCUGUGGACCUGCUGCUACGGCACCUGGACAAGUGACAAGCCUUCAGGACGGACCCUGGCCUCCUCCCAUCAUCGCCCCAGGGCCCUGGUAGUCCUGCCCUCUGCUGGCUUGGGCAGGUGAGGGCACUUCUAGGCUGGCCUUAUCCCUGGGCCAGUCAGCCAUCCCUUUCCCAUGGCUUCCCUCUGCCAACCCAGCCCCUUUCCUCCCCCCUCUCUCCUCCCCAGCCUCGAGGAAGAGGCUUGUUCCCUACCUCUCACCUGUUCCCCUGUAUGGUCCAGGUCAUGGCUCCCCAUGGUGACGUCCAAGGGAGUGGGAUGGACUGUCUGGCCUUCAAAGAAUAAAGCCCUUGGGAUACCAUCUGGAA